AUGACCGGCCCCACCGAUUAUAAUAAUAAUCGCGCGGUAAAGCCAAAGAAUGAGGCGGCCCUUGUCCUCCGUCGGUGGGUAUCUGAAUGCCGUAGUGCGAGAAAACUAUUGGAUAAGAAAUGCAGCGAUGCGACGAAGAUAAAUGUUCGUGAUCUUUUCGUCGGGAGCGUCAAGUCGGUGCACGAGGCCUCGUUGACGAUGCUCUACGUUGACCCCGCUCCAGGCGAAUUCGUCGAAGUCGAACCACAUCGGGUGAAAACUGUAAAGAUUGUGUAU